AUGAAGAAGCGGCGGAGACGCUUAGAGUUGAGACUUAGGGAUCGGAGGCGGAAGAAUGAGGAGGUUUGGGAUAGUUGGGGUUUGAUUGGACAUAGAUAUGAGAAGCAGAGAAUAAACGAGAUCCAGAUACAUCACCUCGACAAACCCAACAUUCAUUCAAGAACAACUACCCCCUCCACCAAAGUAAAAGCACAGAUAAAUUCUACAACACAUCAUCACUCGCCACAAAUUAACCAACAUCAACCCAUAAAACUUAAAACCUCCAGGUUACAAUUUACAGUCGUACAUUACGUCUUACCUGCACAGGGCACAGAAACACAUUCACCAUUCAUCAACCCAAACACCGCCUCUCAGUUACGCGCAUCAAGCCUGUUGACAAGUGCCAGCGCGUUACUCGUCAGCUGCGAAACCCCCACGAUCUGCCGUCGGAUCUGCACUCGCACGCCAGCGGCCGAUUUAUCCUGCGACAAACUAUCAAGGCAAGUGUUCUCAUCAGUAAGCGCAGCGCUCACCCAAGUCUGCGCGUUGCUUAGAUGCCAUUUAAACGAUUUGCUCCCAUUCCUCCCCAUCCGCUCCAUCUCCUUCACCGAUCGUCUCAGCCGAUCCACGCUGUCAUUCAGGGUCUCCAGGCAAUCGUGCACGGCACCUCCGGCGUGCGAUCCGCGAGCAGUCGGAUCCUUCCCACCCGCCGACAUUCUUCUAAUGAAAGUUGAAGCAGCCGAAGCGCGAUUCGCCGUUACGGUCAGUGCGGCGGUAGCUAACUGGCGGGGGUUGCGCUGGACGGCUGGAGGGUAGACGGACAAGUAUUUUUCACACAGAGUGGGGUAUUGAGUUAC